AUGCCCUUGUCCGAGAAGAUUGGUGCUCCGAAUGUACGGGCCUGGGUCCGGCGCUUUGCUCCAGCCCAGCGCUACCAUAGCGCAACAGGUGAAGAUGCAGACGAAGCAGAGCUAGUUUCAAUCCCCAGUCAACAAUCUUUGAGCCUCAACUCUCAGAUCGCCAAAAGAGAGACGAGUACCCCAAAUGACCCGACUGGUUCUGCGCCUUUCCUAGAGGAAGUGACCAUCGGUAGUGACACCAACAAUUGUCGGAAAAGACCUGCCUGGAUCAAAGGUGUAUAUAUUUGCGCAUAUGCAACCGCCGGUCUACUGCUACUGAAUACCAUCUUGAUUUCCGUAGCAGGCGGACUAGCCUCAAAAAAUUCAGGCUCUGGAGGAUCUACAAAUUCAAAAGUUGUGUACGAUGGCAGCUGCGCCAUAACAAGUCGAUGGAACACAGCCCUCCAUUUUAUCAUCAACGUUCUCAGUACCGGUAUUUUGGCAGCAAGCAAUUACUGUAUGCAAACGCUUGUCGCUCCAACCAGAGACGAAAUUGAUUUGUGCCACGCAAAGCGUCGCUGGUUGGAUAUUGGCGGUUCCAGCUUCCGAAAUCUAUUCGCGAUACCGUUUGACCGUCUUGGACUUUGGUUGAUUUUGAUACUCACUGCCACCCCGUUUCAUUUACUAUAUAAUUCUGUCAUUUUCGAAAGCUUGUCUUACAAUGACUACUGGACAUUCGUUGGACCAUCCGAUUUUGACGCUCAACACAUACGAAAUCUGACUACUCCCGGAUUAGAGAAAUGCUUCGGAACCCAAGAAAGCGGCAUAUUCUUUGGUGGGUUGAACGACAAAGGUGACGGCCAAACCAUCGAUUGGGAUCAUAUAGUGCAAAUUGUUUCGGAAGAAAAGAGCGAGGCAAUUUCCACUCAGCAGUGUGUCGACUAUCGCGAAGCGACCGGCCAAGGAUAUAAUUUUCAAUCAAAGUACAAGGGCCUUAUUCUCCUCUCGAGUGAUCUGAGUAUCAAAGAUGGAGGGGAUAACUCUAUUCUUUGGAAUCGUGGCCAAGAUCUUGAACAGUCAAUCAUAGCUUCAUCGUUUGCCAACACCGACGUCUCCAACACAUCAUCUCAAGAAUGCGCCGUUUCACCUUAUUAUCGAAUGCUACCUCUCGGUGGAUGCUUAGCAUUUGAAGGCAAGACGAAUUGUCAACUGCUCUUCAAUCCUACAAUUGGCGUGGUGAUCUCACUAGCCACGCUGGUGAAGGUAGUUGCGAUGUUUCUUGCAGCCAGAAUCCAACGCUCUCGAGCACCUCCUCUUCUUACGAUAGGCGAUGCAGUUGCAUCCUUCUUACAAAGACCUGAUGAUACGACGAAAGGAAUUUGUUGGGCGUCCUUCCGGCGCAUUAAAAAAGACUGGAGGCGCCAUCCUGUAUUGUCGGACCAACCACCGCCCAGAGUGUACGGGCAUCUAUCACCGCGGAAGCAGUGGAGAAAGGCAUCUAGCCCUUUCUUUUGGCUAGCCACCUCAUUGAUUUUCUCUAUAGGUAUCGGCGGGGCGGCAGUUUUCGCUCCUGGCCUUACCUUGAACAUGUUUGGAGGUCUCUGGAACUCAGACAACAAUGUGAAAAACUUUGGCAUGUAUGUCAGCAGCAACUAUUCAGAGUUGAAAGGCGUGGUGGUCGCCAACAGCGUUCAGUUGGUCGUCACAGUCGCCUAUUAUCUCUUCAAUAGGGUAUUGACUGGCAUGUUGGCUUCUGCGGAGUACAGUUCCUAUGGCACUGACCGGAAGGCACUUCGUGUUACUUGGCCCGUCAAAGACAGCAAGCAACGCUCAACCUACUGGCUGAGUGUACCCUAUAAAUACGGGAUCCCAAUUCUGUUACUCUUCACGACAAUCCACUGGCUUGUUUCACAGGGUUACUACUACGUUUUGAUGAUACCCUAUGGGGCAGACAAUCAACCAAUGUACGAAAAGAAGAUUAGCUCGCUUGGGGUCUCAUCGCUGCCUAUAUUCCUUGCCGCGGUGAUUGGCUUCAUCGCGGGUAUGUUGUUGCUUUCUUUGGCAUUUCGGAGGCUCAAGUCGCUUAUACCGCUGGCGGGGACCUGUAGCGCUGCUAUCAGUGCCGCCUGUCAUCCACCCGAUGACGUUUGUACCGCCACUGCAGCCCACAGCGAGCUAAUGUGGGGUGAGACUAGUUUGCCAUCAGAUUGCAUUGAUGAUGAGACUGACGGGCGCGAGGUUCGAGGGCACUGCAGCUUUACGCCAUUAGAUGCAAGGCAGCCUUCAUUGGAAAAGUUGUAUUCUUAG